AUGAAAUAUGUUUUAAGUGUCACAUGUCUUAUUCGUCACCAGCCACGUGGUGGCGUGUACGGUUGGCAAUUCGGAGCCCAAUCAACGUACAGCGAGGAAAACGAUCAUCUGACUGACUAUAGUUCUGAGUUGAAUCCUUCGACCUGUGCUGCAACAUGGAACUCUAAAGAAUCGCAGUUAUUCGGGCGUUAUAACAACAGUCAGCGGAGAAUUGAGAAAAUGGUCUUGGAAGAGAUAUACAAUAAAACUGAGGGUGAUUAUUGGUACAGGAAUAAAUACUGGAUGAACGAUACAGUAGACCAGUGUUGCUGGGAAGGUGUCGUAUGUAACACCGAGGGGCUCGUUACAAAGCUUCUUCUGCAAGUAAAUAACAUGACUGGUGACGUGCCUGAUGUGUCACGUUUUCAACUUUUAGAUCGAUUAGACCUGAACAGAAACAAUUUGAAAGGUUCCUUAGCUGACAUUCUCAACCCGAAUAUGACCUAUCUGCAGAAUAUCACGCUCUCCUUUAAUGACUUCUCAGGGACGCUAGACGACGUUCUUAUCCAAAACAUGCCACUUCACUUUGUACAAUUGAGUAUGAAUACACAAAUCAAUGGAACGUUGCCAAGGGGGCUAUGUGAUAAGGUCAACUUGACAGUGCUCAGUGUCGGGGAAACUAACAUCAGCGGUAGCAUCCCUGGUUGUCUGGGUUACAACACACCCCGAUUAAGAUUUGUGGACUUUGAGUACACACGCAUGCGCAGUCGAUUUCCUGAAUCUCUCACCUAUUUGCAAGAAUUACAAUCGAUGCACAUUUCCGAGAUGGGACUGUAUGGCGACUUUCCGAGCACGUUCGGUUAUAACUACAGUAUAGUGGUUGACUUUGUUGCCGCCAACAACGAGCUAACGGGAGAAAUCCCAGAAGGCAUAAAAUAUAUGACUGGACUAGAACGACUGGACAUUUCAUAUAACAAUUUGUCAGGUUGUUUGCCGACUGAACUGGUGGAGCUUCCUCUUCUCACUCGUGUUGUAGUUAAAGGAAACAGUUUCACUAGUUUGCCGCCGGGGGCGUCUUUCACUGGUGGAAAUCUCCAUCUGUUAGAUUUAUCCGAGAAUCCAUACCUCCGCGUAGAUUUUUCGGUCGUGAUGCACUUAAUACAAAAUUCCACAGCCCUUAACUGGUUGAACAUUUCUCACACGGGCAUCCACGGACCGCUAGACCGAAAACUUUAUAAUUUCGAAUAUCUAAACUGCAUUGAUCUAAGCCACAAUUAUAUUACAGGGAGAAUACCGGAUACGAGAGUUGACAUGCCAUUUUUAACAAUUUUCGAUCUUUCAUUUAACCGAUUAACCGGCAGUGUGCCGGGUACAUACGUAAUCCUAUCUACUCUGCGAUUUCUAGAUGUUCACGGAAAUAAUAAAAUGCGUAGCUUUUCGCCGCGGGUUCAUCAUGACGAUGGACUCUUUGUAUUCGACAUGGACCAAAUGAUGACCAUCCCGAACAAAAAUUACUCGUGUCCCAGUGUUCGAAUGAAGAAACGAAACUACGGAGUGUGUAACGUUAUACUCGAUCCAGUGUAUUAUUUUUACGAUCACUGCACUUGCAAUGAGCAUUUCUAUGGUAACGCAGGCUACUGUGAACCCUGCUUGCCACACGGCACAUGCAAAGGCAAACAGGUAAACGCCACUAUGGAAUGGAAAACUAAUUUCUGGCCUGCACCUUCACUGGAAAACGUCACAACGAUAGAAGAAUGCAUCACAACACAGACGGAAAGCCCGGCUUGCAAUUCGAAUGGGAACUGUACAUGCUGGCUGGGUGUUGACGCUGCCACGGGUCGCCAUGUUACUAAAUGCGAUUCGUCCUGCGUUUGCCAGGAAAACCACAAAGGGAGGCUGUGCUUAGAGUGUAAAAACAGUAGCUUCUAUCUGAAUGGGCACUCCUGCCGACCGUGCUAUGACGGACAAAAUAAGACGUACAAAGCAUUGAUAGUAAUCACAUCUGUGACUGUAUUCUUAGUCUUGUUGGCGUGGUUUCUCCGUUGGCGAUAUGGGCGACAACGAUUUGAACACGUUUUACUCACAACUGCGCUUCAAAUAGCUGCCUUGGCCGCUAAUUUAAUACUCUGCGCAGUUGGACGAGCACCUUUCUGGGGAUUUCAGUUGACUUUGAUUGUCGUCGUUGGUAAUUUAUCUGGGAUUGCCGGAAACGCCCAAGGUAUUCUUAACGGGUUUGUUUUUUAUAUACAGUUAUUGGAAGCCAUUUUACGUACAUAUCCUGUCGCACCGUUCGAAGUUUACAAAGCUCUAAUUUUUGUCAAAGAAUCUUUCAAUUUUCAAUUUCAAAGCAUGGCAUGCCUUAUACCUCUAAUGUUCAAACCUCCUUUCCACCUCUUAAUGACAAUUUCCGUACCCGUUAUGUGCAUUGCUGCUAUUGGUGUACUGAUUGCUAUCGGAGCUGGUUGGAAUUAUUACAGAAUUAGACGUUUCAUCGCCGACCCAGCCAAUGCUCAAUUAUUGCAACCGAAUGCCGGGUUAGACUGGCGCCCAUUCGAGAAUUUUUGCUACAAAUGUGGGGGUGUGGCUAUUUUUCUUUUAAACGUGAUGUACUUUCCGAUUGUUAAGCAAUCGUUGAUGGCGCUUACAAUCUGCGAUGUGGAUAAAGCAACCGGGAAGUUGUACAUGCACAACUAUCCUACCAUACCGUGUGAAGGUGUUCUUUGGAUAGAAAUAUUUCUAACUUCCAUAUGCGCGCUUGUAAUAUACGGAAUUAUCAUGCCUGUGUGCUUUGGUGUUUUACUUGCCAAAUACAUGCCAACUCGGCGUCGCAUUCAACUCUCAAACAUACAAACCCCCGAAAUGUUGAGACGUCUGGAAAACAUACAAAGCUUUCUGGGAAAGUUUUUCAGGCCAUAUAAGGAUAUGUUCGAGUACGUGGAGAUCGGGUAUUUGUUCCGUAAGCUGUGUCUCGCCAUACUCUUAUCGUGUAUACCCCGUGGCACAGUCAUGCAACCAUUUGCCGUUGCUGCAGUUUUCGCAAUCGCGUUACAACUUCAGCUUCGUUACCGACCAUACCAAGGCGAUCUUGAAAACCGUCUCGAAGAAUUCGCCCUUUGGAUUUUGCUUUUCACCUCAUCUUGCGCAGGGUUUCUUUACUUGGCAAGCGUCGAUUUAUAUAACAUACCCUUUGCGGAGUUUGUCAUAUUCUCCUUCGUUGCACUCAACCUCCUCGUAUUUUUCGCCUAUGUCAUCGCACUGAUUGCCCGGCUUUGUAAGUUUUGUGAACGAGAGCGCCCUCAGGCGGAGGUGGUCGAUAUUCAACAUGAACAGCCAGGACCGCCAUGA